AUGUCAGCUGCUCUGCCAAUCUAUCUAUCUAUCUAUCUCUCUAUCUAUCUAUCUAUCUUCUUCUACCUACGGACUUCUCACAGAUAUGAACAAAAUCUAUCCAAGUCUGUUCAUAUCUAUCUCAGUCUGUUCAUAGCUAUCUAUCUCAGUCUUUUCCUCUUUAUCUCAGUCUGUUCAUAUCUAUCUAUCUAUCUAUCUAUCUAUCUAUCUUCUACCUACGGACUUCUCACAGAUAUGAACAAAAUCUAUCCAAGUCUGUUCAUUUCUAUCUCAGUCUUUUCAUUUCUAUCUCAGUCUGUUCAUAUCUAUCUAUCUAUCUAUCUAUCUAUCUAUCUAUCUUCUUCUACCUACGGACUUCUCACAGAUAUGAACAAAAUCUAUCCAAGUCUGUUCAUUUCUAUCUCAUCUGUUCAUAUUUCAUAUCUAUCUAUCUAUCUAUCUAUCUAUCUAUCUCAGUCUGUUCAUAUCUAUCAUCUAUCUAUCUAUCUCAUCUAUCUAUCUAUCUCAUUAUCUCAGUCUGUUCAUCUAUCUAUCUAUCUAUCUAUCUAUCUAUCUCAGUCUGUUCAUAUAUCUAUCUAUCUAUCUAUCUAUCUCAGUCUGUUCAUAUCUAUCUAUCUAUCUAUCUAUCUAUCUAUCUAUCUAUCAGUCUGUUCAUAUCUAUCUCUCUAUCUAUCUAUCUAUCUAUCUAUCUAUCUAUCUCAGUCUGUUCAUAUCUAUCUAUCUAUCUAUCUAUCUAUCUAUCUAUCUAUCUAUCUUACACAAAAAGCCUGA